UUGAAUUUUUUUAUUAGGGGAUUUCCCAAAUAGUUUUGCUUUGAAUUUACGUUAAGAAAAAUGAUCAUUAUUGAAAGUUGUUCAUGUGAGUAGGUUGAGCUUUUUUACUCUAUUUUAAGAAAAAUGAAUUUCUCAAGCCGAAGUGCUGUUCUUCUACAGCUUGCGUUAAAAAAAGAACAUUCCAAUAAAAAUUUUGAUAUUAUAAAUUUUAACAAACCCAGUACUUCAAGAGCUUCAAAAACAAAAUCUACGGUAUCAAAUGAUAUUCAAGAACCCAUUCCUGGAUGUAGUAAAGAAAACAGCGAAAAAGAAUGGGAUGAAUCAAGCCUUGACCAAGAUUUUUCAGGCGACGAUGAUGACCUUGAUUAUAUUCCUGACAACAACAACGAAUCAAGCGAUAAUGAUGGUGAAGGAGAUGUCGUGGUUUUGGAGGCGCCUCAAGAAUCUACUGCAGAAACACCAAUCGCUGAAAAGAAAAAUAGAAGGUGGAGAAAAUCGUGUCCAGAACUAUGGAAACGAAAUUUAAAGCAUGCUGAUUUAAUACGAGGUAAGAAUCCCAAGCAAUCAAAGUGUGAAAAAUGUCGUUUUAAAUGCAAGGACAAAUUUACGGAAGAACAGCGACUAAAAAUGUGCAAAGACUUUUGGAAGUUACCAUAUCAACGCCAAAAAGAUUUCAUUUUAAAUGCGGUAGUCGAUUCGCAGAUACAAAGGCCCCGAGUAAGAUCUUCAAUUAAAAAAGUUAACCGUAGUGUAGCUAGAUCGUACUUUUUGAAAAAUGAAAACUCCAAUGUACGGGUUUGUCGCGACUUUUUUUGUGGGACCCUAAGUAUUUCGAGUAGCACAAUUAAAACGGCGUUUAAAUAUAAAGGGCCAACCGGAGUUUUUUGUAAAGAAGACGAAAGGGGCCGAUCAAAACCCGCAAAUAAAAUAUCGGAUGAAAAUUUAACACGCAUUAAGGACCACAUCGAAAGCUUUCCAACUGUAGAGUCUCACUACUGCCGCAAAAGUUCUAAUCGGAUGUAUUUAGAUGCAAAUCUGAGUAUAUCAAAAAUGUAUGCCUUAUUCUUAGAAAAAUACAAGAGUGACACGUCAACAAAGAUACCUUCAUCGACUACCUACAGGAAAGUUUUCGGUGAGUGCUACAAUUUGUCGUUCUUUCGUCCAAAGAAAGAUCAAUGCCAAGCAUGUGAAAAAGGCAAAGAUAGCCAAAAUGCUGAUUACAUUGCCCAUUUAAAAAGAAAAAAAGAAUGUUGCAAAAUCCUUGGACAAAGAAAGGGCCAUCAAGGAGCCUAA